AUGGGUAUUCUUCAGAAGAUGGCUUGGUCAAAGAGCACCAGGAUCAAGGUGAUGAUAGCCAUUGACACUUUGUUUUUCCUCGUCGAGAUCGUCUCUGGCUUCCUUGCCCACUCGCUGGCCCUCAUGGCCGAUGCUUUUCACAUGCUCAAUGAUAUCAUCUCCUUGGUUAUCGGCCUCUGGGCUGUGUCUGCCGCACAAAAGACCUCCACUGACGAAUUUACCUUUGGCUGGGUUCGCGCAGAGAUUCUGGGUGCCUUCUUCAACGCCGUUUUCCUAAUCGCCCUUUGUGUUUCCAUCGUCCUCGAAGCAUUGACCCGAUUCAUCGAACCCCCUGAGAUCAAUAACCCCAAGCUCAUGCUCAUUGUUGGUUCUGCCGGCCUGUUCUCCAACUUUGUCGGUUUCUUUGUCCUCGGCGGCCACGGUCAUUCUCAUGGACCCGGCGAGCACGACCAUGAUCAUGAGCACGGGCACUCUCACGCCCACGUCCACGACGAGGAGGAGGGCAACGCCGGUUACCAAACCCAGGGCACUCUUGCAGACGAAAGUGGCCGUGCUGCGGAGGUUCUACCCGAGGCUGUGAUCCACCGUGCAACAGCGUCCAAGAAGUCCAACGGCAAAUCCAGCGAACAGCGACAUAGCAGAGAUGCAUCCACACGAGGCCGCGACUAUCAUCGAUCCAGUAGGAGUGGACACGCUCGUUUCGCGAGUCUCGAUGACUUGAGCAUUCACCCAGCAAGUUUCCGGCAAAGCAUUAUUGAAGCUACGCGUGGCGAGACCAACGAAAGCACUAGCGAGAGCGAGACCGACGCCGAGAACUCUUUGAUAAUGGAAGAGGACGAGGCGCAUGAGGAAUCACCUCUUCUCAAAGACGUUGCGAAAAAGGGUUCUUCGCUUGGUCACAAUAGAAAGGGCUCUCACUCUCAUUCCCACUCUCGACGACCUAGGCGGGACUCGAGCGUUCAUCACGGCCACCACCACACUCUUCCCAAGAAAUCUGGCAAGAAGGACAGCCACGGCCAUAACCACGCUGAUAUGGGUAUGAAUGCUAUGAUUCUCCACGUCAUUGGCGACAUGCUUGGCAACAUAGGUGUCAUGGUUACGGCUCUCAUCAUCUGGUUGACGGAUUGGCCUGGCAAAGUCUACGCUGAUCCCGCCGUCUCUCUGUUCAUCACUGCUAUCAUCCUCAAGACCUGCAUUCCUCUUACCCGAGGCACUGCUCGUGUUCUUUUACAAGCCACCCCCGAGCAUAUCAGCGUCCCUGAGAUUAGACAAGACAUCGAAGCUCUUCCCGGCGUUAUUACCUGCCACCAUAUUCACGUCUGGCAACUCUCAGACACCAAACUUGUCGCUAGCAUGCACCUCCAAGUGUCUUUCCCCAUCGAUUCUCACAGUGGCGAGAAGUACAUGGAGCUGGCCCGACGAGCUCGGAAGUGUCUUCAUGGGUUCGGCAUUCACAGUGCUACGAUACAGCCCGAGUUCUGCUUCGAUCAGAAGCACUCACACGAUGCAGAAGCUGCUGCUCCUCUGUCCCUAGAUGGUCCUACUGAUCCCAACAAGGGCGAUAGUUGCCUCCUUGAGUGUAUCGAUGACUGUCAGGCCCAGGGUUGCUGCCCUGUCGACUCGUCAUCCAAGGCUUCGUCAACAAGACGAUGUAGUGAAUCGUCGCACAGCGCCACCAGCCCUCAUGCGCACGAUCAUAACCACGGCCACGGCCACGAUCACGGCAAAAACCACCAGCACUAA